CAAACUCUUCAUAAACUUCUUUCCACACAAAUAGAUAUAUAACAAUUUAAACAUAGAAAAGCAAAGAAAUAUUCCAAAACAAAGAGAGAAAAAUAAAACACAUUUCCAUUGUUUGAUUAUCUUGAGUUUUUUGCAACAAUGGCUUCCACCAUGAUGACUACUCUACCACAAUUCAAUGGGCUCAAACCCCAACCUUUCUCAGCUUCUCCAGUUCAAGGCUUGGUGGCAAUUCAACCAAGGCGCAACAAAGGACAAGGUGGUUUGGGAGCUCGUUGUGAUUUCAUUGGCUCAUCCACUAAUUUGAUAAUGGUGACAUCAACAAGCCUAAUGUUGUUUGCUGGUAGAUUUGGGCUAGCACCAUCAGCAAACAGGAAGGCAACUGCAGGGCUAAAACUUGAAGUGAGGGACUCUGGCUUACAGACAGGGGACCCUGCUGGAUUUACACUUGCUGAUACUUUGGCUUGUGGUACUGUUGGUCAUAUUAUUGGUGUUGGAGUUGUUCUUGGACUCAAAAACAUUGGUGCUAUCUAAACUUUGUACUAUUUACUAUUAUGUUUAUAAAACCAAAUCAUCUUUUGUGAAUUAUUCAUAUUUCUACCA